CCCCCUGGUCGUGCCAUGCGCACUGGCGGUUGUUGUUGUUGAGCUGGUUGUUAUGGCUGGACAAGGCCUCGGACUAAACUGAGAGAGAGAGAGAGAUAGAGAGGUCCCCCCCCUCCCCACCCCCCAACCCCGUCUCCGCUACGGGACACCCGCCACCCAUGGAGGGCACGGACAUGGACGUGGACGCGGAGCUCAUGCAGAAGUUCAGCUGCAUGGGCACCACGGACAAGGACGUCCUCAUCACGGAGUUUCAGAGGCUGCUGGGCUUCCAGCUCAACCCGGCUGGCUGCGCCUUCUUCCUGGACAUGACCAACUGGAACCUGCAAGCUGCUAUCGGUGCAUAUUAUGACUUUGAAAGUCCCAACGUCAACACGCCUUCCAUGUCCUUUGUCGAGGAUGUGACAAUUGGGGAAGGGGAGUCCGUUCCUCCAGACACACCGUUCACAAAGACCUGGAGAAUACAAAACACAGGUGCAGAGUCGUGGCCACCUGGGGUUUGUCUCAAAUACAUCGGUGGGGAUCAGUUUGGGCAUGUGAACACGGUGAUGGUGAAGUCACUAGACCCCCAGGAAAUAUCCGAUGUGAGCGUGCAGAUGCGAAGUCCCACAGCUCCGGGCAUGUACCAGGGCCAGUGGAGGAUGUGUACAGCCAACGGGUUAUUCUACGGAGACGUAAUCUGGGUGAUUCUGACCGUAGAAGUCGGCGGUCUCCUCGGCGUGACCCAGCAGCUGUCAUCUUUCGAGACGGAAUUCAACACCCAGCCCCAACGCGACGUGCAGGGAGACUUCAACCCCUUCGCCUCGCCACAGAAGAACAAGCACGACGCCCCCGACAACAGCUUCAGAGAUCCUGGCGGAGCGUGGGAGCGCACGCAAGAGCCAAUCCAGCAAGAUCAAAAUGGACUGUCUCACAACGCUGUAAAUAGGGCGUCAAAUGGUCUCCAAACCAAUCUUUCCGUGGUGACUUAUGGUCAGGGUAUUCACGGACCCUAUCCAUUUGGACAGAGCUAGAAAGACAAAGACCCCCCCCCCCCCCCCCCCAAUCCCCCCUCCAUCAUAGUGGAUGAUGAGCUUAACACCCUGGGAGUCCUUACAUGCAGAGGAGUCAGAGAGGCAAGGGGGCGGAACUGUUGUUUUAUAUUGACUCAUGACAACCUUCUCCUCAAAACCCGAGGCCCUUUCCACAGACACACAAACUACAGUGAGGUGAUGGAUUACACCCGCUACAGCGAAACAUCGCACCUGACAUCAACCCCCGGAUUCGCAUGUGUGAAUGCUUCAUUACUAUAAAUGCUAUAAAACUUUAAAAAUAGAAACGCACAACCAUUUUUAUUUCCACUGUAAAACGCGUCUGAUUUAUAAAAAAAUAAAUAAAAGGGAGACAAAAAAUCAA